UCAAAAACAAAGAUGAAUUUGAUGUUAUAUACCAUGAUUGUGUUGAAUAUAUAAAGACACCAACAUAUGUCAGUCAUUUCUAGUACCACUAGUGCACGACUCAUCCUACACCGCUCAAAAUUAAUCAUCACAAAUUAGAUGCAAUAGCAACUAAGAUAUUUGAAAAAUGGAAAAAUCAAUGGACGAAUCUUCACCUCAUGUGCUAAUCUUUCCUUGUCCAGCACAAGGCCAUGUAAACUCAAUGCUAAAACUAGCUGAACUUCUUGCAAUUCAAAAUCUCCACAUAACUUUCCUCAACACACAAUACAUCCACAACAGACUCAUUCAAUUCAAUGAUGAUAUUCAAGCUCUUUUAGAAUGUUAUCCUAAGCUUCAAUUCAAGACUAUUCCUGAUUUUCUUGAUGAGGAGAAUCAUCCUGGAUUUGGAGUAAAGAUUGGAGAUGCAAUUGUGUCAUUGAGUUUGUAUAGUAAACCUUUUUUGAGAGAGAUUAUUGUUUCUGAGAAAAUAAGUUGUAUUGUUUUGGAUGGAAUUUUUGGUGACCUUGCUACUGAUUUGGCUCAUGAGUUUGGGAUACAAUUGAUUCAUUUUCGUACUAUUAGUCCUUGUUGCUUUUGGGCUUAUUUAUGUGUUCCUAAGCUCUUGGAGUGUAAUGAAUUACCAAUUAGAGGAGAAGAGGACAUGGAUCGUAUCAUAAGAAACAUGCCCGGCAUGGAAAACUUGCUUCGGUGUAGAGAUCUUCCAAGUUUCUGUCGACAAAACAAUGAAGAUCAUAUCCUUUUAGACGAGGUUGUUCUUCGAACCAAACAAUCACUUAAUGCAAACGCGCUUAUACUCAACACAUUUGAGGAUCUAGACUCUCCAAUCCUCUCCCAAAUCCGUCUUCACUUCCCUAAACUCUACACUCUUGGCCCUCUUCACCACCACCUCAAUACCACCAAAAAAACAUCAUCAGCAUCAUCCUUCAAAAGCAAUUUUUUCAAAGUGGAUAAAGAAUGCAUGGCAUGGCUUGAUUCUCAACAGUUAAAAUCAGUUAUAUAUGUUAGCUUUGGUAGCACCACACCAAUGAAGAAAGAAGAACUCAUUGAAAUGUGGCAUGGUUUAUUGAAUAGUAAAAAACAAUUUUUGUGGGUGAUUAGGCCAAACAUGGUACAAGAAAAAGGACUAUUAAAUGAGCUUAAGGAAGGGACAAAUAAGGAAAAGGGUUUGAUUGUUGAGUGGGUCUCACAAGAGGAAGUAUUGUCUCAUAAGGCAAUUGGUGCUUUUUUGACACAUAGUGGAUGGAAUUCUACUUUGGAAAGUGUGGUUUGUGGUGUACCUAUGAUUUGUUGGCCUUAUUUUGCUGAUCAACAAAUUAAUAGUAGGUUUGUGAGUGAGGUUUGGAAAAUUGGGUUGGAUAUGAAAGAUGUUUGUGAUAGAAAGGUUGUGGAGAAUAUGGUGAAUGAUGUUAUGGUGAAUAGAAAGGAAGAGUUUUUAAGAUCUGCUAAGGAAAUGGCUGAGUUGGCUUGUAAGAGUGUGAGUCCGGGUGGUUCUUCCUAUAAUAGCUUCCAUGAUUUGAUUCAGUUUAUAAGGUCUACUAGCACUUAAAGUAAGGGCUCAACUUCUUUAUAUUUUUGGGUUUUGAGGUUCAUUGUUUUCUUCUUACUAUGAAAAACUUUUCAUAUUUACUUUUUAAAGGUGUGUAUUUGGAGUAUAGAAAUUACUCAUAAGCAUGCAUUUUCUAAUGUGCAAAAUUUGAUUAGUUUUUCAAAUGCAUAUUUAUAAAAUGAUGUUGAGGGUUCAUGAAUGUAGCACCAUAAAAUAAUUUGAGUAUUGGUCUGUCUUUUAUGUAUUUUUUGGUUAUACAUUUGAGUCCAGUUUGCCUGUUUAGGUGAACAGUAGUGCUAUAUAAAGCGAAAGUGCUCAUCA